AUGGACUGCAUGGUACCAAUUGCCAACUACCAAAGAACGGAUGCUAGUCUUUUGCUCAAAUACGCCGAGAAGCUUUUCCAAGAUAGCACAUUCCAUCAAUAUCUGACUCCACAGCAGCUCAUCGUGCUUAAUAAGGUAUUAACGGUACAAGAUCCCGUUUACAAAGAGAAAGUGUGGGUGGAGCUGGUGAAUAGUAAUGUGGUGCUAGAUGUUGUUAAGAAAUUGGAACGGGAUCACGGCCAAAAAGCAGUUAGUGACAACUCAAAGAAAAGCUCAGAAAUCGAAGAGAUCGCAUCUCCCGACGACAAGUGCGACAAGAAAGACGAGCAGUGCUCCGAUGCUCCAAAACAAGACCACACAACAACUCAGUCCAGUUCCGAAAUAAGCCAUCAAUCCGAUGUCCCUGUGAAGAAGGAAGCGGAUCUUUCGCUGGACGCUGACUUCUCCGAGGUUGACUUAGAAAAUCUACAGCAACAACUGAGUGGAACAGAAUUUAUUGGGAACUUGUCACUGAAAAUCAGGUACGUAUUGUGGGAGAGUGCGAUAGAUCCUUUGUGCGAUCGAUUUUCCGAGGAUAAGCAAGACCUUCUGCCUUUGAAUGAAGCUGCGAACCAAAGAGUCGAUGACUCUCAAUCCGGCACUGAUGCUUCUGGAAAGUCAAGUGUACGAACGGAAUUUGAGCGAAACCAAGAAGAGAGAGAAGAAGAUUACGAUGUUGAAUCCGACGAAAACGAUAAUAACGUUGUACCGGUACUUGAUCAAAAGGAAUCAAAUCAGACUGAUACACAAAUAUCAUUUGAUGAUUUCGGUCGUCUCAUUUUCGUCUUAGAAAUUACCAGGGAUACCUUAUCGGCCUUAGGUGUCACAAAUACUCAGGCAAUAAUAGAAAACUUCAACAGGAUAUACCACAACUUCGAGAAUGACCGAGAAAAUUUGCUAAAAAGGCUUAAACUGGAAGAAAGCGACAAACUAUUGGAGCCUUCGAAAAAAAGAUCACAUCAGGAGACUGAAACGACCACUGACAAAGAGAGAGAGGAAUCCAUGGAUUUGGAUGUAGAUUCUAAAAAGAUUAAGUCGCAAAAAAGUGACACUCCUUCACUCUCUGUCAAUUUAGGCUCUGCAAACCUCUCCUUGAAGCAUUUGCUGGCGUCCAUCCAGGACAAUAAGUCAAAGUUAGAUAUAUCAGACUAUGAGUUAAGGCAUUUGAUCAUGGAUGUUCGAAAAAACAGAUCAAAGUGGGCAUCAGAUGACAAAAUAGGGCAAGAAGAACUUUAUGAUGCUUGUGAAAAGGUUGUACUCGAGCUUCGAAAUUUUACCGAGCACUCUACGGCUUUUCUCAAUAAAGUUAGUAAGAGGGAAGCGCCUAAUUAUUAUCAAAUUAUCAAAAAACCCAUGGAUUUGAAUACAGUCUUGAAGAAGCUGAAAACCUACCAAUACAAUUCAAAACAAGAAUUUGUUGAUGACGUUAUGUUGAUAUGGAAGAACUGCCUUACAUAUAAUUCAGACCCUAAACACUUUCUCAGAACACAUGCUAUUGCUAUGCAAAAGAAGUCACUAGCACUAAUCCCUUUAAUCCCCGAUAUUACUAUAAGGGAUCGUUCAGAGGUGGAGCGAGAACUAGAAGACAUAGACAAAGAAAAUGACAAAGACGGGGAGGAGGAAGAAGAGGUCUCUGGGACCGGGAGAAAGGGAGGAAAUGUUCGUGGCAUUAAACAUGGGCCUGGUGAAAAAAAAUCUACGACGCCAGAAACACCGUCUGCCGUUGAUGAACUACGUAGCGAAAUCUCGAAUAAAGGCUUCAAGGGCUCAAAAGCUCUUUCUGCAGAUGAGGACAACAUGGAUGAGAACGAGGAUAUAUCACAAGUUGCAACAAAAAGUAAUACACGCGCCGGCAAGAGCGCUGUUAUGGAAAAUGGCGUUUCAGGAUUUGACUCCGGAGCCGACAUCGAAAACUUACAAGAAGAGGAGCAGCUUGAUACCAGAGGGGAUCAAGAGCCUAUAGAAAAAGAGGAAGAGACUCGAGAAAUGGAUCAGGAACCGGGAUAUGAAGAAGAUGAUGAAGAAGAUGAGGAAGAUGGGGAAUUAGGCUCGAACAUGUAUUUGGUAGAGAAGGAUGACGAUAAAGACGAUUUGGAGCUUUCUACGUGGAAAAAUUCCACAGCAAGUGUCCGCGCGGAGCUUUGCAUAAAAAGAGGCAAUCUGUUCGAUAAACAUGGUCUUAACAUGAAAGCUCCUGCGAUUCUUCGGAAUCCUGGAAAAAUGAAAGACUUCGAGCAGUUUCUGAAGGAAUACAAAGAUCAACAGAAUGCCGAAUUGGAGAGGCGAAAACUGGAACAGGAAUCAAUAAUGAAGAACGGAUUUGGCACUGUGGUGAAACAGGAAGAGGAGGACAUCUCUUUGGCACUAGCACAGCAGUCCCAGGGUAUCAAUAAUGAUAGCGAAAUGGAGAAGGGCUCUACUGAAAUUGAGCUGGAUGACGCCAACUUUUUGACAGAAUACAAUGUUGCAAAUUCCGUACCGGCAAUCAAGUACAAGGGAAUAGACAAUAGUGAGAUAGACCAAGCGGAGAGCAAAAUCGUGGAGUCGAUUUUGUCCAAUGGAAACUUGCACGAGAGUGAAUUCCUUGCUAAUAAAGACAAGGGCCUUAAUCCCAAAAUUAACGCUAAUAUUCAGCUAAUACAAGAGAUUAGACAUAUCUGUCAUAAAAUAGCAUUGAUACGAAUGCUUCAAAAUCCUCAAAAUCCGUCUCAACAGGUCAAAAGCAAUCAAAUUAAUUCUAAUAGCCAGAUCUGGGAUACUCACAAAUAUAAGUUUACUUGUAUUGAUGAUGACUUGGAUUUGGAUCCAGUGUCCAGGCUUUCGACGCGAAACCAGAAGCAUGACAAACAGUUAAUCCGUCGCCUGAUGCAUAAGAACGUUUCAAAAAUAGCCAUGUCAAACGGAUUUGAAAGCACCCAGCCUGUGGCAAUUAACAUGCUCACCGAAAUUGCUGGAGAAUACCUAUCGAAUCUGGUGAAAACGGUGAAGAUCCACCACGAAAGUACGUCCUUGAAUCCAAAAGAACCAGUUGAAAUUUUGGAAAUGUCGCUACUUGAAAAUGGUAUUAAGAAACCCGACGACUUAUAUUCAUAUAUCGAAGCCGAAUUUGUCAAAAAGAACAAUAAGCUGACUGAUAUUAAGCUUAAGCUCAACAACUUCCUCAAGGAAAUUCUGCGGCCAACAUUGCAGGAUUUGUCGGAGAAGAACUUUGAAGACGAAAGUCAGAGUUUUAUGACUGGUGAUUUUUCCAGCGAAAUUACAGGCGAAGAUUUCUUUGGAUUCAAAGACUUAGGUCUUGAUCGUGAGUUCGGAGUCUUGAGUAAUUCUGUUCCAAUGCAGCUCUUGACCUUUCAGUUCCAAGGAAAGGGAUCUGAGACCAAGAUACAGGACAAAAAAAUUCAACCCGAAGAAUUUAAUGAUGUUGCCUACUCCGAUGUUACUGCAAAUUCAGUUCAGGAAGGCAAAUACUGGAAAACAUUGCAGCCCCUCUUGGAGAGGGCUCUGAGUCGAUUCAAAAAUCAGAGUUUGAAAAAUGGGAAACAAAAGACCUCCGAAAGCGCUUCAGGAAGACACCAAGAGAGUACCGAUUUUGUCCUUGCCGAAGAUGAAGAUAUUCCUUCUAAGUCCAAGUCAUCGGGCAAACCCAGGUUACCUCCCACUGGAAAAAUAAGCACUAACUACAGGAAAAAGCCCAUAUCCGAUGCUUUUUUUGCACCUGAUCAUCCGUCGCAGCCGAUUGACAUCAAGAAAGCCCCUGAACGCGCUAAUAGAGGUUCUUCUGAUCAGCUAUGGAACGAGAAAGAACAGACCAGUUCUAACGAGACGGCUGACAUCACCGCGCCCCAGUCAUUUACCCUAAGCCUACCUAAAGUCUCAGAAUAA